AAUUCAUGUAUUAUUAACCAAAAAUCUUGGUUAACGGGAUAGAAAUCUUGUACUUUUCGUCAAUGGCGGCUCUAAGCUUAGUUUUUUUCUCUCUCCUCCUCCUUCUCCUCCUCCCUCUAUCCCUCUUAGCCUUCCUCGCCUUCAUCGUCCGACCACGUCCCGUAAAAGUGCCAAUUAAGAACCGCCACGUGUUCAUCACAGGCGGGUCAAGCGGCAUUGGGCUAGCGCUAGCUCAACAGGCUGCUUCAGAGGGAUCAAAAGUCUCAAUCCUCGCUCGCAACACUAGCAAGCUCGAGGAAGCGAGGGAUGCGAUUCGGCUUUCCACUGGCCGUGACGUGGCCAUUUUCAGCGCUGACGUCAGAAACUACGAGGCCGUAAAGAAGGCUAUAGAAGAUGCAGGGCCGAUCGAUGUGUUGGUGUGCAAUCAGGGCGUAUUUGUACCUCAGGAAUUGGAGACCCAAGAUAUUGAGGAGAUCAAGUUCAUGAUUGAUGUGAAUUUGACCGGGACUUUUCAUUUGAUUAAAGCUGCUUUGCCUGGAAUGAAGAACAGAAGCGGCCGUGGACCUGGAUCCAUCGCUAUCAUGUCUUCACAAGCUGGCCAGGUUGGCAUAUAUGGUUAUACAGCUUAUUCAGCCAGUAAGUUUGGCCUCAAAGGACUGGCAGAAGCAUUGCAGCAGGAGGUUAUUGGUGAAAAUAUUCACGUAUCACUAAUAUUUCCCCCGGACACUGAAACUCCUGGAUUUGCUGAAGAGAACAAAAGAAGGCCACGGGUGACUAGUAUAAUAGCAGCUUCUUCUGGUGCCAUGAAAGCUGACGAAGUUGCCAAGAUAGCUUUGAACGGCAUUAAAUCAGGAAAUUUUACUGUCCCCUGUAAUUUUGAGGGAUUCUUGCUUUCCAUAGCAACUGCUGGUCUAUCUCCUCAAAGAUCAUUCCUAAUGGCAUUUGUCGAAGUGAUAGCUGCUGGAAUAGUACGUGUUGCUGGCCUAUGUUUCCAGUGGAAUUGGUACGGAAGCAUAGAGAAAUGCCUGGAGAAAGGAAAUAGCGAAUGACUACUUAGCACAGUCUAACAAAUGUUUUUUGCAACUUAAAAAAUUAGUUUGAAGUAGUUUGAUCCACAGGUAUGCUAACACUAAAACUAUGUAGUCCUCGUCCUUAUUAGAUUUUGUCCAUUACCAAGUUUCGCUGGCUAAUUUGACCAGUUUUUUCUAUCUACUGUGCUUGAAAUUCAAUAGAUUUUUAGUUAACUGGUAAGGUUAUACUAUUAGUUUUGCAUUUAA